AUGACUCUGAAAACGCUCACGAUCGCGCUAGUCUGCGGCACGGCCCAGGCAGGUUACAGCAUUAGCAGCAUGCUCACAACGCGCCGCAAGAAGACCCCGGGAUCCGGGGGCUCGGCGGACGGGCCGUCUGACGAAAUCGAAGCGCUAGCCGGCGAGAGUUUUGACUGGCUCGCGAACCUCGGCGCACCGGCCGCGCUCGUCGCGGGCGCGAUCAUGGCCACGCUUGUGGAGCAAGGCGAUUUUUUGAGAACCACAAGCCGCGACACUAAAACAUGGGCGCGCUACAUGAAGCGGUCGGCCCACGUGCUGUUGAUCACCGCGUUGGCGAUGUCGCUCUUCUCGAUCUUCGGAACCACUGUCACGGGCACGAUGUUAAAAGGACUCGGCGAUGGGCACAAGACGGACUGGGUCGAGACGACGUCGCCCAUGGCCUUCAUGCAUCAAAAUCUGCCGUUCGAGUUCCUCAUCUGUAGAUUUUGUUUCCUCCAGGGUCUGUUAAAUUGGAUGCUGGGCCUCGCGCUCAUGUACAUCGGGAACGCGCCCGCGGCGGGCGGCAAGGCGUCGACGAAGAUAUAUUUUUUCUUCGGCUUCCUCCUGCUGUCGGUCGUGAUGCUCAUGGUCGCGUUUUUGAACAAGCACAUGAGCUUCUAUGCGAAUUACAUGGGCAUGGUCGCGCACUUCGCGGAGGUCUUCGUUGGAGGAUGA